CGUUUCCUCUCCUCUUAUUAGAAUUCAAAUUGUGUUUGCAAUCGUUUCUCUACUUCUGCACUUGCAUACAUAAUGGCUGAUGCCGUUAUCACCCUCUUCGCUACCCCUCUUAUUCAGGAGGCACUCUCUAGAGGCGCUUCCCCGCUUGGCAGAAGAAUCGGACGACUCUGGAAUUCGGGGGAUUUGAAGAAGGAGCUGGAGAACCUGAAGUGGACGCUCAAAUUGAUAGAACCUGUCCUCGAAAAUGCAGAUCAAAUGCCAAGUGAUGAAGCCACAAGGGUUUGGCUGCAGAAGCUCCAAGAUGCAGCUGAUGAUCUGCGGGAUCUGCUGGAUGAGGAUGCAUAUGGAGUUCACCGGCACAAGGGUCGGAUUCAAAGCCAAUUCAGGAAACAGGUGCACAAUUUCCUUUCUCCCUCCAAAUCCAUGCCUAGCAAAAUUAAGGAGUUUUAUGAGUCUUUCUAUAGCAUUGCACAAGCAGCAAAUUGUAUUAGACUGAUAAAUCACAACCAAAAUCGUGAAGCUCCUAGGCGAGAAGCUGAUAAUUCAGUUUAUAAUUUACAAAUUUUGCAAGAGAAUAAUGAAGUCUCAAAAAUUGGAAAUUCGCUGGGAGACUGGAGCAACAAACAUCACCUCUCUGGCAUUUCCAUAGUUGGUAUGCCAGGGGUUGGAAAGACAACAUUAGCUAGAUCAAUUUAUGCGAGGGCAAAGGAAAAUGGCGUCUACAAACUGGUAGCCUGGGUGCCAGCACAUAAGGAUUUUGAUGAAAAUAUGAUUUUAAGACCUAUGUUGGAAAAUGUUGAUGGUCCUGCCGCUGCAUUGACAAAUGAGGAUGCAAUACUUGAUCAUCUUAAACUGAAGUUAAAAAAUGAAAAAAUUCUUCUCAUCCUUGAUGGUGUAUGGAAUGAAGAUGAUGCUGGAAGGUUAAAAGAGUACGUCUCUUAUCUGCCAGAAAUGUUGAAAACUGCUAGCAUCUCUGUUGUCAUAACAACUAGUAAUAAACGGGUAGCUUCAAUAAUGUACACAAUUCCUUUGCAUAAGCAUGAAUUGCAAAAGCUAUCAGAUGAAGACUGCUGGUUGAUAAUGGAGGAGAAUGUUCUCAGAUCGUCCAAGGGAACUCCAAUAGAAGAUCCACAGUUGUUGCUUAUUGGAAAAGAUAUUGCAAAACAGUGUGGGGGUUUGCCAUUAGUUGCAGCUGUCUUUGGCAAACACUUGGGUGCUUGUAUUGGGAUAAAGGAGUGGUCAGCUAUCAGAGAUAAUAAAGCAUGGCAUGCACCACAUAGAGAGGAGGUUCUGUCUCAACUGAAAAAAAGUUAUGAUCACUUGCCUCCACAUUUGAAAAAAUGCUUUUCUUUCUGUUCAAUUUUUCCAAAAAAUUGUGAAAUUAGAAGAGAUGAAUUAGUUCAGCAUUGGAUGGCUAAUGGGUUUCUUUCCCACAGCAAAUCAGAUGAAGAAGAUGUUGGUAACAAGUACUUCAGUGAUUUGGUAUCCAAUUACUUAUUGGAAGAUGCUGAUAUGGAUGAGUGUGGGAAUAUAAAGAUUUGCAAGAUGCAUCAUGAGGUGCAUAAUCUUGCAUUGCUCUCAGCAAAAUAUGUAACAUGUAUUUGGCCGGAUACCCCUCGGGUUGAGGAGAGUGUUCGGCAUUUGAGGGUUAAGUCUAAUGAAAACCGUCAAACUGUUCCAGAAGAUGUUCCUCAAAGGUUGCGCUCUUUGUUCUUGGAUGUUGAUGUUUUGCACCUGAUGCCUAAGAAGUCCAGAAGUUUGCAAUCUUUAAAGCUAGCAGCUGCUGAUGCAAAUGAGUUGAAAUCUUCUCUUGGCAGAUUGAAAUAUUGCAUGAGAUACCUUGACAUAUCAGAAAGUGUAAUUGAAAGACUACCAAAAUCUGUCACCAAGUUCUACAAUUUGCAGACUUUAAGAUUCACAGACUGCAAGUCAUUGGAAAAGCUCCCAAGUGGUAUUGAAAAUCUAGUCAGCUUGAGGCAUAUUUAUUUUGAUGAUGAAAGGCAUGUGCCAAGUAGCGUUGGGAAAUUAACUUCUCUUCAGACUUUACCGCUAUUUGUUGUGGGCAGAGAAAAGGGUCGGAGAAUUGAAGAGCUUAAAUCUUUGAACCAACUCAGAGGAAAACUGAAAAUUUGCAAGCUUGAGCUACUAUCUCAAUCAGAAGCUAAGGAGGCAAGACUUGAAGAUAAAGGAGAAUUGAUCAAGUUGCAAUUUGUAUGGAGUGAAAACAGAGCCAACAAUGACAAAGAUAUGGAUGUUCUGGAAGGUCUUCGACCUCACUCAAAUUUGAAAAGCUUAACCAUUGAGAAUUAUAGUGGAGGCAACUGCCCUUCAUGGAUGAUGAAUGUGGAAGAGCUUGUGAAGUUGAAAUUGAUUGAUUGUGAUGAAUGUGGUGAUAUUUCAUGUCUUGAACUCUUACCUAAGCUUAAGGUUCUCAAUAUAAAGGCGAUGCCAAAUGUGAAGAGGAUAGGCAGAAUGUCUUAUCCUCAAAGUAGCAGCAUGGCAAGUAGCAGCAUGGCAAGCAGUAGCAUGGCAAGCAGCAGCCAAGGUGGGGGACAAUCAAUAAUACCAUUUCCAGCUUUGAGAAAACUCAAGUUAAGUAACAUGACACAGCUGGAGGAAUGGACAGGGGCACAAGGCAUGGUCGUGUUUCCUUGCCUUGAGGAGUUGCAUAUUCAGCACUGCCCUGAGCUCAAAACAUGGUGCGCAAGCAGCAGCCAAGGUGGGGAACAAUCAAUCCUACCAUUUCCAGCUUUGAGAAAACUAAUGUUAAGUGAGAUGACAAAUCUGGAGGGAUGGAAAACAGCACAAGGCAUGGUUGUGUUUUCUUGCCUUGAGGAGUUGCAUAUUGGGGAUUGCUCAAAGCUCGAAACAUGGUGCGCAAGCAACAGCCAAGGCAGAGGAGAUUCAAUUACACCAUUUCCAGCUUUGAGAAAACUUACUUUAAGCAACAUGAAAAAGCUGGAGAAAUGGACAGAAGCACAAGACAUGAUCGUGUUUGACUGCCUUCAAGAGUUGCAUAUUCAGGAUUGUCCAGAGCUUCAUACAUGGUGGGAAGAUGGAUCUGCAUCUCCAAAUCUCUCUAUACUAGGCAUACAAUCAUGUCCAAAAUUGCAGGCUAUCCCAAUUGAGUUGUUGAACUUAACAUGUCUUGAUAUAGAGCAUUGUCCCAAUUUAAUGGGGUAUGCUCAAGAAGGCAGCCGCAAAUGGUCAUCCAUUUGCCACACUCAUAGGAUCAAAAUCAAUGGGCAGACGGUGCGAUCCCAAAGAUCUUGAUUUUUCAAAGGGCCCUUUUCAAGACAACAGUGGAUAAGGAAGAUACAGAUUGAAGGUUGAAGAAAGGAAUGUAUAACAUACGAACUUAAUUUUACAGAGACAAAGAAGAAAAGAAGUCUCUUCCUAUCAACUUCUGCUUCUCAUUGGCCUUUGGAGCUGUCAAAAUAUUCAAUUUUGAUGGAAUGGAAGCUUUGUUAGAACUGGUUGGGAGACCUGUUUUUCUCCAGGAGCUGAGAACUGGGUUUUGCACUAAUUUGAUGCAACUAAUUUUGCCGAGCCAUGCACCCAAUUAAUGCCUCUAAAACAAACUAACAAUCAAAGGUCUAGGUUCAUGAUUCUUAUGAUUGUUCCAAUAAGAGGAAAGAUGCAUGUGAGGGAGCAUUGGUGAAUGGUCCAAGAUUUUCCUGAAUCCAAGAAUAAAUGGUCUUGAGAAGUAUUGUGUACAAGGUGCAUGUCGUCCCUAAUUGAAGCGUCAAGGCAUGAACUUGCUGAUGAUGGAGAUCUAUUCUAGCAUCCUGCUUGUAGAAGUAAAAUCAAAUAUAUGUGGAUAUCCAAGCAAAAUGUUCCCACCCUACAAUUCUAUGAUUUUAUCAAAUGCCGCUAGGAGUUCAUAAAUAAAACGGGUCAUCUUGAUACCUCUCCGAAGGACUUCUGCGAAAAACAUUGAGUGAUAUUCAAGCCCUGGUAAUGUUAGAAUUCUUUUUGAAGAUUUUAUUAUUCUUGUAACUCUUUAGUUCCAUAUGGAGAAGAAACUUUGUAGGAAUGUUAUUUCCAAAGCGGGAGUUUCCAUCUGGAUUUCCGCGUAAAAGGAUUUCAUUGUGUGGCCGAACGCUAACGUUCAUAGGGGACAGUGCGAUCUGGAAGUUUGC